CGUUAUUCCGGUGGGUAUGGAGAAUCUCUGCAGGCCGUGGACGGCCGGCCGAAUCGCGCCGUGACGUCGUCAAGUGCCCCGUGUUCUCUUCGCGUCGACACGUUGUGGAUAUUCGUACUGUGGCUGUGUGACGCGAAUGUGCCAGUAUGGCUCCAAAGAAGGUCGAGGAACCCGAGCGGAAACCACUCAUCGGUCGCGUGGGCACUAACUUAAAAGUAGGCAUAGUCGGGAUACCGAACGUCGGGAAAUCGACUUUCUUCAACGUACUUACCAAGAGCCAAGCGGCAGCCGAGAACUUCCCCUUCUGCACCAUCGACCCCAAUGAAAGUCGCGUCCCGGUGCCCGACGCGAGGUUCGACUAUCUCUGUGAAUAUUUUAAGCCAGCUAGCAAGGUUCCAGCCUUCCUGCACGUGAUGGACAUUGCCGGACUGGUGCAGGGUGCCGCCGAGGGACAAGGUCUAGGAAACAAUUUCCUCUCGCAUAUCGGAGCCUGCGACGGCAUCUUUCACCUUUGUCGUGCCUUCGAGGACGAUGACGUCACUCACGUAGAGGGCGACGUGAAUCCCGUGAGGGAUCUCGAUAUCAUCAGCGAGGAGUUGCGACUGAAGGAUGUGGAAUUUUUGAGCACGCAUCUCGAGAAACUCGAGAAGCUGGUUAUUCGCGGCAACGACAAGAAGUUGAAGCCUGAAUACGAUACACUUCUGAAGGUUAAGGGUGUUUUGAUGGAGGAGAAGAAACACAUCAGGUUCGCCGACUGGAGUGCCAACGACAUCGAGGUGCUCAACAAAUAUCUGUUCCUUACAUCGAAACCUAUUAUCUACUUGGUGAACCUGUCGGAAAAGGAUUACAUACGCAAGAAGAAUAAAUGGUUAAUCAAAAUAAAAGAGUGGGUUGACAAGAACGACCCGGGCGCGAUCUUGAUCCCUUUCAGCGGUAUCGUCGAGAACAAGCUCCUCGACAUGGACGAGGCGGAGCGCGCAAAAUACUUCGAGGAACACAAAGUCACCAGUGCACUUGACAAAAUUAUUGUACAAGGCUACAAGGCGCUACAACUGCAGUACUUCUUCACGGCUGGGCACGAUGAAGUUAAAGCAUGGACGAUUCAGAAAGGCACAAAAGCGCCUCAGGCCGCUGGUAAAAUACACACGGACUUCGAGAAGGGAUUCAUUAUGGCGGAAGUAAUGAAAUUCGACGACUUUAAGAACGAGGGUUCCGAAGCCUCAGUCAAGGCCGCCGGAAAGUACAGGCAACAAGGACGCAAUUACGUGGUCGAGGAUGGCGAUAUUAUUUUCUUCAAAUUCAACGCGGGCGCCGGAUUAAAGGAUGCGAAGAAGAAGUGAUGGCACGCGUUCCUCAUGUUGUUGCUCGUCCACUUGUACAUCAACAUGAUCCUACUGUCUUGGUGCACACAUCAGCCACGCGUCAAUCAGUCCGACUCGCUUCCCGAUCCUCCCUGAGUUCUUUCUCACUUGCGAUCUAUCUCGCGGAGUCUCUCGACGAUCACACGAUGGCGACUUAUUUUUGUAUUGAUUCUAUCCCCGUCUAUCGUGCUCUCACGGUUGUAUUUGCACGGUGUGUCUCGUCGAAAUAAUUCGAUGUUCUUCUUGUUGGAAAUUACGGCGCGGAAAAGGUGACGUAACUUUGAAAUAGUAAGGGACACUGCGUCCCUCUUAGCGAGUAAAGUGUUUUGCGGGCGCAGAAGCGCCGCUGCGUUUUCACAAUUAUCACUGUGUACAUAAUUAGCGAACCUCUUCAGGUCACGUUUUGCAUUUUUUAUCUUUGGUGCAAGCACACGUGGUGCAAGAGUGGUAUGUGUGAAAGGAAUCUCGAGGAGAGGGAACGACGUGUACGUAAAGCAUUUCUUUGUACCGCUCUGUAUUUAUUCGACGUUUAUUAAAAUAGAUUGACGUAAAAAAAAGCUAAAAUAAAAGAAAAGAAGAUUA